AUGUAUGGAAUAAAACACCUGCAUACUACGCCGUAUCACCCGCAAGCGAACGGUCUCGUCGAACGUUUACAUCGUCAGCUGAAAUCAGCACUUUUGUGUCAUCAAGAGUCAUGGUAUGACACAUUACUAGCCGUUUUGCUCGGGAUACGUGCUGCUUGGAAUGACGACAUCCAAAUGACUCCGGCUGAAUUAGUAUACGGUGAGCCUAUCCGAUUACCCGGUGAGUUACUUACUCCCACUAACAAAACUACGCCUCAUGACAUUGUCAAUACUCUGAAACGUCAUUUUAACUUAUUGGCAUUGGCCGAAAUGUUGCGUCACGGCAAGCAUUCUGUUUUCUGUUUCAGAAACAUCAGUACUUGCACUCACGUACUGGUACGGAAUGACCAGAUUGAACAAUCUUUCUCACCGCCGUACGAAGGUCCAAAUCGUGCAAUAACCCGACACGAUAAAUACUUUAUCGUCGAUUUUCGUGGACGACAAAUCGCCAUUUCAGUGUACAGAGUAGGCCGACCGGAAAAAAAAAUUCAUGUCUGA